AUGUACGCACCAUGAACCCGUAAAAUGGAAACUAUAAGUAAAAGUAGCAGCUGGUAUAAUGCUAUCUUUCACGACAUUAAGGUCACGUACACUACUAGAGAUAACAGACGACGGGUUAAGAUAUACACAGGUAUAACCUACAUUCGGGAGAAAAGCUGUAGAUACAGCUUCGGCACAGUAGGAAAUUUAGCAAGAAAUUCAGUCUUGUCAUUUGGUAUGGACGGGGAAUAUACCUUUAGCGAGACUUUCAGCGUUACUGAAGAGAUAAGAGACUCAUAUAACCGCAUCGGGUUCAUUAUCAUACGAAACUUCCUGGACAAGGAAGAGCUGGCUCUGAUAAAGAAGGCCCUGGAAGAAAGCGACAGCAUUACCAAGCAUGCUUAUGAGUUAAGUGACGGGGUCGAUCGUAGAAGCAAGAUGGUUCUCUGGCGCCAUCCCGGAAAUGACAUCACGGGGAUCAUGGCCAGGUCAGAGAAGCUUGCUGGCUCCAUUGAAAAGCUUCUCGGACACGGUGAAAUCUACCACUGGGGUUCCAAGCUGAUGAUGAAAGAAGCCAAGACUGGAGGAAGACAUCUGUGGCACCAAGAUUAUGGAUAUUGGUACCAAAACGGAUGCCUCUUUCCUGACCAUUUGACUACGGCUUUUAUAGCCUACGACAGAUGUAACAAAGAGAACGGAUGCUUACAGAUUCUGAAGGGCUCUCACAAAGCGGGUCGUAUAGAGCACACGUUUGUUGGGGGCCAGACGGGGGCGGACGUGACCAGGGUGGAGGAACUGAUGAAGGUGUGUCCACUCCAGUACGUGGAACUUCAACCAGGUGAUGCGUUGAUAUUUCAUUCAAACCUGAUCCAUAGGAGCGACAAGAACGACAGUGAACAGAGAAGGUGGGCAUUCCUGAUCUCCUACAAUACCAAAGCCAACAGCCCUGUGAUUUCUACGUUUGCGCCUGCUUAUGUCCCUUUAAACAAGGUUCCAACAUCGGCGAUCAAAUCGUGUUCUAACUUCACCGACAUGACAGGAAAAGCUUUCCUCGAUCCUAAAGAUGACAUCACGGUUAAAGCCGACGCUUAAGACGCUCAGGUCUAAUCUCGACCCUUAUAGGCUGUCUUCAAAAAGACAAAGAUAUCCUAGUUGUUAAUGAUAGCAGACCUAUUAUUUUUGGGGCAUAUAAUUGAAAACAUUAUUUCUACUUCUACUGAUAUAUUUUUAUUGUGAAUAUAUAUACGAAAAACUACAUUCCAAACCAUUAACAUCACACAUUUUCAGAGCCAUUUAAUGUGUUGACCUAAACUUUUUAUCUAUAGAAACAGGAUAUUGUUCUUCAGUUGCAUGCAUCGUAAAAACAAAUUACAUAUACAUUCUUGUUCUUAGAAAAAACACUAGCUAUCCGAGCAAAAGCAUGCUACUGCUUAUAUUUGAAAUUAAACGUUUAUAAUUAACAAAUCCUAAAGAUAUCAUCAACAUUGCCUAACUCAAUAUUUUGCAUAAAUAGAGCAAAUUCCCUUUUCCAAUAUGUCCAAGUUUGUCUACUUCAUAUUAUCACCAUCAUAUAUCAUUAUUUACAUAUAUAAGUCGUCAGCAAUCCCACAAGCAGCAAGUAAAAUGUACAAUUUUGAAUAUAAUCUACCUAUCCAACACCACCCUUUAAAACUGUGUCAAAGCACUUAACAUAUCUUUUAUGUUACACUUGUUAUUAAUAUGCUUACGUUUUAUCUCUGAAGUACCAUAUAUUACCUAAAAUUGCGCCCAGAGCUUAAAAGUAGCACCCUGCGAUUCAGAGGUCCCUGGAAACUCAACCCACCUGGAACCAGCAAUAGCAUGCUAAGAGUAGGGGAGA